AUGACGCGCCAAACAGCCUCUCACACAAUGUUCCGAGAGCUUUCCGACGACGAUUCUAUCGCUACUGAUUCUACAGCACCAAGUGAGCCUCGGGAUGACUACCCAGUCGAAAAGAUUCUUUGCGAGCAUUGGGACCCCGAGGAUCAAUGUACUGAGUACUUGGUCAAGUGGGAGGGCUAUCCACUUGACCGCGCCAACUAUGAGCCCGCAGUCAAUUUCGUUGGUGACGCGAUCUUGCCUGAGUGGGAGGCGAGGAAAGCCCGCAUAGAGCAAGGUCUAGAACAGCCAUUCAACGAAGACGACUGGUACAAGGCUGUUCAGGUCGCAGAAGUUGAAAAGGAGAUCCGCAAUGAUCGACGCAAGGCCAAGAGACGCAAGCGCGGUAAACCUGUCUCCCCAGAUGAGACUGACAACAAUGAUGGCGGCGAGGACGAGUCGUCUGAGGAAGAUGUGCCUCUCGCAAACAACAGAGCUCGCAACGGAGCUGCAAAGACAUCACCCGCCAAGAAUCGUGUCAAGCAACCUGAAGUCCAAAGGAAAGGUUUAGCAAAGAAAAUCACGACGAAGAGACGUGCACCUUCAGCAUCGUCUAGCAGCCAGUCUGAUUCUGCGAGCGAGGACUCCCGCGACUCACUGCUAGCAGAGGUGAGGGGCUCCGCAUCGAGGAGGAAGUCGGCCGUUAUACCUGCACCUCCAGCUCGAAGCAACACCAAUAACGCGGUCGUCAAGAAACCAUCCGUGAAUAAGAGGAUAUCGACUGUAGACAGAUCCCCAGAAGAUCUGCAGGAUCGUAGACCUGCACACAAUACCCAGCCAGCAGUAAAGCAGCCUGUAGAGCAGAGGAAAUUCGGCUUGCCAUCCAAAGCCUUGGUGUCGAGCGCUGCUAGGAAGAGCGCCCCGAGCACUGGGGCUACGACAGUUUUCACAAAAUCUGCUAGCGCACCGACUAAGGAUAUCUUCGCCAACUGGACGGCACCGAAGGCGCCCAGAGAGAGACCGCGCGUAUCUGGCGAGACGCCCAAAGAUUCAGACGGCAAUAAAUUCACAAAGCUUUCAGAACAGAACAGAUUUCAGAAGUACAGUCGGAAUGAGAAAGCUCCGGAUGUGCAUGCUCUGACAAUGCUCGACCCCAAGACAGGCAAGCUCAUCGCUCCGUCGCUCGACAUCACCACGACUGGUAGUCCUCUGCAGGCCUCCGCUCCACCAAUGCCUGCACGUCCCGCAGCUAGUGACCUGGGUAGAGACAACAGUCCCAACAUCGUACCCAUUCGUCAAAACUCCGGGAUUGUCUCGAGGACUAGCACGAACGAGACUACAUGCACAUUUUGGUUGCGAGGCGGCUGUAGAUUCACAGCAGCGGAGUGUAAGUUUGCUCACUACGACACUGGGGUACAUUCCGGAGUUCCAGGGACUUAUGGGAAGGGUUCAGCGACGUAUGCUCCACCUGCAGAAUCUAUAUUGCCCAAGACCUGCUGGUGGUGGCGUCAACCUCAGGGUUGUUCUAAAUCCGACGAGGAGUGCCAGUUCGCCCACCACGACUAUGCUCCGCGGCCGCCGGGAACUUUUAAGGAGGGGGCCACGGCGAGCGCACAGCACAGUGCUUCACCGGUGUCGGCAGACAUCCCUCCGCCGCCUCCGCCAGAGCUUCCCACUAGGUCAGUGUGUCCGAGUGAAACGACAUGCUAUUGGUGGCUUCAGCCAAACGGUUGCAAUAAGCCUGAUCACCUAUGUGAGUUCGCACAUCGGGACACAGGAAUUCACGCUGGCCGUCCUGGUUCGUAUCGAAAGGCAUUCGGAGAGGCCAGAGAUCGACAGCCUAACCCGAACCUGUUCCAACCUCCACCCCCUCCACCGCCUGUGACAGAAUCCUCCGUGCUGCAGUCGGCUAGAACGCCGAGCUUGGCUAACGCAACGGCAAACGUAACUCUGCUGUUGUGUCUGAGCGGCGCGGAGGAGCCACUUAGACUAACGGCACAGCUCGAGGUUCAAGAUCUUGCUGAGAUUGAGAGACUUCUUGGGACCGAUGCUAUCUUGAAAGCAACUAGAGUGGUAACGGUGGACGAUUUCAAGAACAUCAUCUCGACUGAGCUAGGCGGUAGUCGGACAUCUUUCGGCGGAAUUCACAUCAAGAAAACCCAGAGAUCAGAGGCAGAAGCCGUGACAGAGAUGCUCAACAGACACGGCAGUGCUCUCGUCGCCUCAGUACCAGCUCGUGAUGUGCACGCUAUAAUCUGGCCAGCGAGAGCAGAGCGAUGGAAGUAUCUCGACGACAUUUCAUCCACGCUGUCGAAUGAGUCAGUAUUGCACUUUCGAAUGUUCCCAAAUCUGCCAGGUUUCGAGGGAGCUCAAAACAGCGAGGCCAGUGCAGACAAGCCUAUUGAACAGCAACAUCACGCUGUGAAUGUUGGCGAAGUCCUUGCCGGCCUCGAUGCGGAGAAGCUUCUCCCGAAGAGGGACGGAAAUAAGCCAAGCGAUCGCGCAGUGUUCCUGAUGUUCCCACAGACGCACACUGUCGAGAUCCAGGUCUGCGCGGAAUACUUCCAGGCUGCAGGCCUGAAGGUAUACCAUUCAGAGAUUCUCGGUGCAUGGGACCACUUCCGUCGAACGCACACAAACGCCUGCUCGAUAGUGCUACACCCGGAUGUGCCCAUGUGGGAAAUACCAGGACUACACCAUAUCCUAUCGAUGACAGCCGCAAAGUUCUUCACUCUCGGAACCAAUGGCAUAGUAGCGGAGGUCGAAGACAGAGAACCAGCGUACUGCUGCGAUCGUAUCUUCCCCCAUGGCAAUGUUGCAUUCAUUACCGACGAGCUCUUCGUCUACCAUCCAGAGAAAGCGACAGAAGUUAUCAAAGCAUUUUUAGAAGCUAACAGAUACAAGCCUGAAGGAGGCGAGAACAAUCGUAUCGCGACACGUCCUGGCAUUAAGGGCUGGCUGCUCAAACUCGCUAUGGAACAGACGGCCGAGCACGGCAGGCAAGACGAGCGCUGGAUGCAGCUCUACGAUGCCAUCUGCAGAUUGUGUCCACCGGAUGAUGAGGAUCCUUUCGAUCCGGGAGGCAUCCCAUCUCCGACCUCGAACCUCGUCUCCGUCCCACCAGAACAUCUACCGAGCUUCGAUGGCAUCUGGGAGAAGGACGAGACCACUGCUACCGAUUACAUGGUCAACUGGUUCGCCGGCUGGGCCGUCCUCAAUGCUAGCAAAUACAGACGGUUGGUUGUCUGCAAUGAGCCUCGAGAAAGCCGCACUGUCACCACGAAGGACAAGAACGGCAAGAUGGUGUCCCAGGUGGACGCAGAUCCACGCAGCUGGGCGAAGAAGUACCAACACAUCGGCGUAGCGCUUCCGAGUAAGGUAGCAGGCAUGCUCAAUGCUAAGUGGAAGAAGUGA